ACACUCAAUUUUCACCAUAUGCUUAAUUUCCACGGCAAUAUAGAACAUACUAGGUAAUUCUUAGAAAUGAACAAAUCGAGGAUUACAUAGUAUUCAUAUUAAACAAAGAAUGAUUUGCGAAAGUAUUGCAGUCAGUCCUCGAAAUACUGUAUAGUGAGGAUACUUUAUUAUUCUGGAUAUAUGAAUAUAUUUUUGGAUAUAGGCCGGACAAUAGGGCAUAGUUUCGUCGUGGCGUUCACCUGUUUUACAAUCUGCCGUUUUCUCAUUUAUAUGACACUAAUAAACAGUGCGUUAAUCUAAGUGCUAUUUAAACAGUUGAAAUCGCAAACUUAUCACAAAUUGUGCAGAAAGAUAAAUAUGAAACGAAAAUCCGACUGGAUAUAAAAUAUCUAAAUUUUGCGGAAGAAAAACGAAGAAUUCUAUGUAGUUCCAGUGUAAGAGAGACAAGUAGUUCUAACAAUAGGAAAACAAUCUGUGCUGCGAAGUCGCUUCAAAGUCAGGCAACAAGUAGUUACGCUUCAAGGAAAGGUGAAAUUUCGAGGCUAGGAAAGCGAAUAUAUUAGUUCUUACGAAAGCAAAAACCGGAAGUUCUGACCGAAGGAAAGUGUGUAUUGUUUGGUUUUACGUAAAUGAGCAGCAGAAAGUGUACUUCCGGUAAAAUCACAAUGAGUACUUCCGGUGAAAAGAAAAGAGUUGUGCUGGCUUAUAGUGGCGGUCUGGAUACGUCAUGUAUCUUAGUGUGGCUUAUAGAGCAGGGCUUUGAAGUGGUAGCUUUUCUGGCUGACGUGGGUCAAGAUGAGAAUUUCGAGGAAGCCAGGAAAAAAGCUUUAAAACUCGGGGCGGUCAAGAUGGUUAUACCAGACGUACGUAGAGAGUUCGUUGAGGAGUUUAUAUGGCCUUCAAUCCAAGCCAAUGGUCUUUAUGAGGAUAGAUACCCGAUGGGAACCGCCCUCGCCCGCCCCUGUAUAGCCAGAGCUAUGAUUAAAGUAUCCAAGGAUGAAGGGGCAAGAUAUGUUUCCCAUGGUGCAACAGGAAAGGGCAAUGACCAAAUUAGGUUCGAACUAUCGGCGUACGCCUUACAUGCUUCAAUAGAAGUCAUUGCGCCGUGGCGGCUACCCGAGUUUUACAAUCGAUUUCCAGGAAGAAACGAUCUUUUUCAGUACGCCAGGGAAAAGGGUAUUCCACUUCCGGUGACACCAAAAAGUCCCUGGAGUAUGGACGCAAACUUGAUGCACAUAAGUUACGAGUCUGGUAUAUUAGAAGACCCAAUGACACAGGCACCAGAGGAUUUGUACCAGAUGACAGUCGACCCACAGAAGGCUCCAGAUGUACCGACUAUACUUGUCAUUGAGUUCAAAAAGGGGCUACCGGUUUCAGUACGGAAUGAGGGUGAUGGCACAGUAAAAUCAGAGCCGCUGGAGCUAUUUUUAUACUGCAAUAGGAUUGGAGGACAGAAUGGCGUAGGAAGAAUUGACAUUGUGGAAAACAGAUUUAUCGGAAUGAAAUCAAGAGGCAUAUAUGAGACACCAGGUGGAAAUAUUCUACUAGCGGCACAUAUGGACCUUGAAGUUUUCACUUUGGACAGGGAAGUGAGGAAAGUCAAACGCGACCUGGACACAAGAUUUGCUGAGCAGGUUUACAGGGGAUUUUGGUUCAGUCCUGAGUGUGAGUUUACACGCAGUUGUAUAUCUGGCAGUCAGACCUUUGUAGAGGGUUCUGUGACAUUGAAAAUCUACAAAGGGGGCGUUUACAUUAUCGGCAGGAAAUCCCCAUACUCCCUGUAUAACGAGGAAUUGGUCAGUAUGAACGUACAAGGCGACUAUGAACCAAUGGACGCUGGAGGUUUCAUCAAAAUAAACGCUCUCAGGUUGCGAGAAUAUCAGCGACUGCGGAACAGCGAUAACAGACAGUGAAUCGGACGUCAAAAGAUCUAACCGACAUUUAUGGAUUUACAUAUAAAUCUACUUUUUCGCACGUUUCAUUAAUGGCCUUUGUGUUAAAAUGGGCCAGUCUAGUGUAUUUGUGUUUGGAUAAUAUCACCUUCCUUUCUUCAGGAUUUUAUUUUACACCGGCAAAAAUUGAUGGGAGUGGUUUUGAUCGUUAUAUGCAUAUUUUAAUCAUUUUAUGCUCUAAAUCAUUUAUAUUAAUUUCUGUUUUAAAAAUGUAUGUUUUCUGUCAUUGUGAAAUAUCCGACAACCAAACUCGUAACUUCUUUGUUUCGACUUUACUAUUUAGACUUCUGGUUAUGUCUACAUUAACAAGUAGGAAUAAUUUUGGAUUAUCAUCAUGUCUGCAUUAAAUAUUACUGAAAAAGAUAAGAUCCGCGUUGUUUUUAUCCACGGAUAUUCAUUCAAGUUCGCGUACACAUUUCAGUCUUUGAUAAUUUUCGAUCCCGUAUACUUUUUUUAUACAUUGAUAAGUUUUAAUCAAUAAUUUGCUAUAAUUUUCCUUGUAAUAAAAGUUUGGGAUUUC